AUGGAUCCAAGCAUGAAUGCAGAUAACGCUACGAGUCGUGAGCAGGGAGAUGGACGAACGCAGCAGUCACCCUCGUCCCCUUCGUCAUCUCCCAAGAAAGCCUCGGCAAGCGGAACGAUCGACCUCAGACCGCAUAUGGGUCGAAAACAGGGCUGGGAUGCAUGGAGACCUGGGCCCUACGGUCCCCCAACCCCUCCGAGUAUGGAGAAGCGGUUGGCUGAAGAGAGUGCGUUGGAGGCGGCGGCGAUGAUGGGUCAUGGACGACAGGAUGGUCGGGCUCGCAAGAUUAGACCUCGGAGGACGGUGGAUGUGGGGGGAUCGAUGUCGCGCUGGAAUUUGAUGAGAUCCUUGAAGACAUGUCCCGAUGAACAGUACUUUAUCAGACCUUGUGUAGAUCAUUUGAUCGAAUUUUUACCACCUCAGGCGUACAGCACCAACCCAUCAACGUCAAUUUUAACGAAAUAUGUUCACACAUCUACCAAUAAAAUACGCUGUCCAAUCAACAUUGUUCGGUUUACACCUGACGCGAGGAGAGUUUUGACAGGGGCGGCGAGUGGCGAAUUUACUUUAUGGAACGCGCUCACGUUUAACUUUGAGACGAUCCUACAAGCACACGACACGGCUGUUCGAGCGCUCGAUUGGUCAAAGUCCGGAGCCUGGCUGGUCUCUGGAGAUAACAACGGGAUCAUCAAGUACUUUCAACCGAACAUGAACAAUCUCCAGAUGUUCGAAGGACACAAGGACAGCAUUCGGGAUAUCAGUUUCUCACCUAACGACAGUAGGUUUGUUAGUUGCGGGGACGAUGGAGUCAUCAAGCUCUGGGGGUUCGAGGAGCGGAGAGAAGAGAGAAAUUUCACGGGACAUGGAUGGGAUGUCAAGUGCGUCAAAUGGCAUCCAACCAAAGGAUUGAUUUGCUCUGGGGGCAAAGAUAGUCUGGUAAAGUUCUGGGAUCCACGGAUCGGGAAAUGUUUGGCUACUCUGCACGGACACAAGAAUAGCGUUCAAGCAUGUGCUUGGAACCCCAACGGACAUAUUAUUGCAACAGCCUCUCGUGAUCAGUUGAUCAAAGUAUUUGACAUACGGAUGAUGAAAGAGUUGGCUAAUCUUCGAGGGCAUAAAAAAGAAGUUUGUUCUCUUGCGUGGCAUCCUAUACAUCACGAUCUGCUGACGUCGGGAGGCUCGGAUGGGUCGAUCUUCUACUGGUGCUUGCCUGAUUCGAAUCCCAUCGAUUCACUUGACUUUGCACAUGAUAGCAAUGUAUGGUCACUAGAUUACCAUCCUCUGGGACAUACUCUCGUCAGUGUUAGCAACGAUCACACGACUAGGUUUUGGAGUCGAGGCAGACCAGGUGUGAAGAUCGCCAAUGAUAGGUUCCAUGUGGGUAAGGAGCGGGCCCGAGAGAUGGGCGUCAAGGAUGAGGAGGAACAAGUCGAUGACUUCUUCGUACCUGGUCUCACCAAUCAGUUCGGACACGCUACCGUGGGAAGCUUCUUUAGUGCAGGAACGUUUGGACAGCCUUCUACGAAAGAUCGGAACAUGUCUGAAAUGGACGCUCAAGUACAGUUACCUCCGUCGUUUUUAGGUGGAGCGUUUGGGGCAAACGGGCCUUCAGGUAUGGGCUUGCCGGUACCGCCCCGACCAGCAGAAUCAGUUGCAAUGGCGGGUGGAGGUGGAAGUGGUGGGCAAGAGUUGGCCAGCAUACCCGGAUUUGGACGGGCAGUCGAUAAAAGCGACAAUUCACUUCCCGGGUUGGCACUUACCGCCAACCAGAUCAAUCACCCAGUACAAACCUCAGGCUGGAGAAGAGGCCCACUACCCAGUCAGGAAGCCGCCAUGGGGCGCGAUUUGGGCGGCUUUGGUGGAGACAUGGGGCAUCAACAGACUGGCAAAAACAGAUGGCGGGGCAAUAAAGGUAACCAUAAUCAACACCAUCGGCAACACCAAAAUCGCUGGUCUUCAAAUAUCCACAACAAUCUUUCCGCCCAGCAGCAGCAUCAUCAUCUUCCUGCUGGGGGGCCGCCUGGUGGCGGUGCUGGUCCGGGGAACAACAAUAACAUGCUCAUCGACGAAUUCGGAAGAGAAAUCCCUAAUCAAGCUUUUACAAAUAACAAAUUCAAAUAA